UCUUACCGAGCACCGUCUCCCUUUAUCGACCAACCGAAUUUAGCCGAGCGUAUUUUUCGUUCAUCACUUGUGGUCAAUUGAGCGUCUGAAUUGUAAUCGAUCGACGAUUUUGUUUUGUUUUAUUGACAAAUGAGUGGGGGCCGAGGGGGAAAUUAUUCAUUGGGGAUUUUUCGAGGACUUGUCGGUGAAUUUCAGAGGCAACUUUGAUUUUUUUGGACGCACUGGAGAUCGCAACUUGACUUCGGUUAUAUCGUUCAGUGAGAGAACUGAUAUGGCCGUAUUUAUGCUCAACGUCUGUAAAUUUAACAGUUGUGGAUUGACGUUCAAGAGUUUGGGACAUUUAAUUCAACACAUUGAAGAGACACAUAUCGAUUACGAUCCACUUGUUGUGGAGCAAUCAGAGCAGCAGCAGCCUGCCUGUAUACCCCUCAGUUAUGCCCUUCGUUUCUUGACGGACGCCACACGACAGGAACUGCUGAAGCCAAUCAAUCAAGGACGAUCUAGUCAGACAACAGUUACCAACACGAGUCGUAACAAAAAUGUUACUCCAACAGGAAGCGAAGCUGAAGAGGGCGAGGACCUUGUCAGUGAGCCGGAGGACAGCAACGACUCGUGGACAACGUCAGAGGAAUUCUCGUCUGACUACAUACUACGCUAUGGUAGCAGGGUAAUCAGUCAGAGUGUGACAGCUCAGAAUAAUAAUGCCGACAAGCCGUUCGCUUGUCCAGUACCUGGAUGUAAAAAGAGAUACAAAAAUAUCAAUGGAAUUAAAUAUCACUCCAAGAAUGGACACAAAAAUGAUGGCAAGAUUCGUAAAGCCUUCAAAUGUUCAUGUGGAAAAAGCUACAAAACUCCAUAUGGUCUAAAGAAUCAUGCAUCAAUCCAGCACAAUGGUUGUACAGCGUUGCAAUUGAAGUCUUCGAUCAACACAACAAAAGGAUCAAAGGCUGGUAACGAUAAUGAGAGUAGUACAGAUACCGUUGUCAUUAAAAUUCCAAAAGCCAAGAUAGCAGCAAUCGAGGAUCACGGCUACAUAAAGUCCGAUCGUUCAAUGCUGUCUGAGACAGACAUCGAGUGUGACAAUGAUCUUGGUAUUCUCACACCCGCAUCAACUCCACCAUUGCCUGUCCAGAGUCCCACGAAGAUUGAUCAACAUUUGCCGACUCACACGAGUGUUAAAACGCUUCAGAAGUAUCUGACGGCUGCGCCGUCUGCUAAUAACUCACGUCGAAAUAUUAAAAACGAGUACUAGUCAAGAAAUGAACACGAUUAAGUAAUAAUACCAUGUUCCAAGUUUAAAGAAUGAAAUUUCUUUAGUAAAGCUAUCAAGUGUGUCUCUUUCGUUGAGUAGGCAAUGCAAUUGUUCACUGUUCUUAUCAUUAUCUCUGAUUUAUCAUGUCUAAUUUGUCUUGAAUGAUAAUCUUCCUGUCUUGCCAGCGAAAAAGUGCACUUAAACUCUAUUUUAUCGGCUUCAAGAGAGUUUACUUUCUCACUAUUGAAGUGACAAUUUAGAUAAUGAACGAAAUGAGAUACUCCCCGGUAAUAUUGGCAAAUUAAUGAAUAGUUAAUAAUUUGUUAUUACAUGGAUAAAGAAAAUAAAAUCGGUUAUUGUAGCAAUUUUGUUACGAAACGAAUAAAAAUGCAGAA